AUAUAAUUUUAAUCGUUUUGGGUUCGUCUCUCUCGAUAAAAGGGUAAAACGCAGAAGCGGCCCGACGAAGAAAUCAGGUAUCAAAGAUGAAAUCAUUCAAGGAAGAAUUGACGUUGGAUGAAAGGCUCGCGGAAUCGAGGGAGAUCAUCGCCAAGUAUCCUACUCGGAUUCCUGUAAUUGCUGAGAAGUAUUCUAAGACCGAUCUGCCUGCAAUCGAGAAAAAGAAGUUCCUGGUUCCACGAGAUAUGUCGGUUGGACAAUUCAUCUACAUCUUGAGUGCUAGAUUACACUUGUCUCCUGGUAAAGCCUUGUUCGUCUUCGUCAACAACACUCUCCCUCAAACUGCUGCUCUGAUGGACUCCAUCUACGAGACUUACAAAGACGAAGAUGGAUUCGUUUACAUGUGCUACAGCAGUGAGAAAACCUUUGGCUGAUACCACCACACCAUGUUUGUACAUAUACACUUCUUCAUAAGCUGUUGUUGUUGUUCACUACUUCAUAAGAGCUUGUAAGCUUAUGUUGACUACCGCUUGUUUUACCCUUGGUUCAUCUCCAACAACUAUAUAUGUAUUUUUCCACAAAACGCUCUCUUUGUCAUCAUUGUUCAUCUUACCAAGAAAGCAAAAGACAAUUGAUUGUGUUGCUA